UGAAUAUUCACACAGCUGCGAUAUACACCAGUUUUAUUCUUACCUUUUUGAUCAACAGCAAAACUCACAACGUACAAGAGCACCACUGGCUUACUGCUUUACCACUUGGCCACAAUAUCCCCUGAUAUCUCUACUACUCUACUACUUUAUUGCUUCCACAACUCUACUUACUCCCCACCACUCUUACUCACACAACACUUGACAAAUCAUGAUUACCAACAACAGUAUUGCCUUAAACAGUCUAUCUAAUCUCAACAACAACCUCAAUAACGACAUAGAUUACUUCUUGGACGAAGAUGAAGAAGACCUUUGUCCCAUCUGUGUUGAAGAAAUGGACUUAUCUGAUAAGAAAUUCAAGCCAUGUCCAUGUGGCUAUCAAAUCUGUAGAUUCUGUUACAACAACAUCAUAAAUGAUAUCGAAUUGUUGCACAGAUGUCCUGCUUGUCGCAGGGUUUAUAAUGAGGAAAACAUCGAGCAACUAACCCUUUCCCCAGAAGAAAUGAACCAAGAAAGACUAAGACAAGCUAGAAGGGAUCAAGAGAAAAAACAAAAGGAAAAGGAAAGAAAAGAACAGGAACAAGCUUCGAGAAAACAUCUAGCUGGAAUGAGAGUAAUUCAAAAAAACUUGGUCUAUGUAGUUGGCCUUAAUCCCGAUGUCCCCCCCGAUGAACUCCAUGCUGCUUUAAGAUCAGAUAGAUAUUUUGGCAAAUAUGGAAAAAUCUUGAAAAUAGUUAUAAAUAAACGAAACAGCAACACCAACACAAGUUCUGGCAGCUCCAACAGCAGCCAGAGUACCAACCAGAAUAUCAACAGUGGCUUUGGUGUCUAUGUUACCUUUGUCAGGAAAGAAGAUGCCACCCGUUGUAUCAAUGCAAUCGAUGGUUCAAUUGACAAUGGUAGACAAUUAAGAGCUUCCUAUGGUACAACAAAGUACUGUUCAUCCUACUUGAGAAAUGUUCCCUGUCCAAAUCCAAGUUGUAUGUUCUUACAUGAGCCUGGUGAACAAGCUGAAUCGUUUUCGAGAUCCCAAUUAUCGACAAGACAAAUUAAAAAACUAGACCAACACCAUAACAACAACAUCAGCAACAGCUCCAACCUACCCAAUUCCAUCAGCCUUGGUAACAAUGCUUCCAAUCCUUCCACUUCAAUUGGCUCAAGUCUCAACAACAUGAGUCAAAUCAAUGGUAUUUCGGCUUCAAAUGGCAACACCUCUUCAAAUGCAAGUCGUUUUACAUCAAGACGUAACAGUGAUUCAAAUCCUCGUAAUAUAAAUAUUUAUCAUUCUCCAAUAACUCCCCAUCUUCAAAAUACAUCUCUCUCAAUCUCAAAUAAUGAUUCAACCUCUACUUCAAAUAACCUCGAUCACCAUGAUGAGGUACAUUCUCCAAAAUUGGAUACCCCUGCUUUGCCUGUUACUGCUGCCUGGGGAAAAUCAACCGUUCCUUUAUCAACUGCCUCAACUACAGUCUCGACUCCAAUUGCAAAUUCAGCUGCUUUUCCUUCCUUGGCUGAAACAAUUGUUUUGAAAUUAAAUAACAAUAAUCAUCACCCACAAAAAGAGAAGAGAAAAGAUAGAAAUAAAAGCAAUAAGAGUACUAACAAUAUUAGUAUUAAUAAUAAUAACAUUAAUAAUAUCAAUAAUAGUAACGUUACUAAUAAUGGUAAUGGUAGCAGUAGCAGUAUUAAUAGUAAUGGUAAUACUAUUAAUAAUACAAAUAGCAAUAAUAAUGUGGAUAAUAACUCAAAUAACAACAAUAGCCUUGGUAAUAAUAAUAAUACAAUUUCUAAUAACAGCUCUAAUAAAGCUUCAGAAUCAUCACUUGGUUCAAAAGAUAAUGACUAUUUAAAUAAUAUUGACGAUUUGAUAUUAAGUGAAAAUUGUGCUAAUAAAUUCAUUCAACAAACAAUAAAUUUUCUCAACUCUGAAUUUAACAAUAUUCACUAUCAUAUUAAUAAUGAAUUACUAAAAGACAAAACAAUUUCCAACAUGCCUCCAUUAUUUGCAUUUCCCGAUGAAAGCCAAUUGAUUAAAGAUGAUGAAGCAAACGAAUCAGCACCUUCUACACCAUCGUCUACACCAUCGACUCCAAAAUCUCUUCAAUUUGUUUCUCUAGUAGAUUAUUUAAUUUCCAGACCUCCUAUUAAAAGCUAUAGUUUCUCCAAUACUAACAACAACAAUUUAUUACAGUCAGUUCCUCAACAACAACAACAACAACAACAACAACAGCAACAACAACAUCAACAACAACAACAUCAACAACAACAACAACAUCAACAACAACAACAACAUCAACAACAACAACAUCAACAACAACAACAACAACAACAACAACAACAAUUACAACAACAAAUUCUUCAACAAGACCCCCAACAAUUUCAACAAGACUACCAAUCACAACAAGAAUUACAAUUACAAUUUCAAGCUCGUCAACAACAAAUUUUACAACAACAACAGCAACAACAACAACAAAAUAUUAAUUUAACACCAAGUCAUCAACAAAUCAAUAUGGUUAGGUUAAACGAUAGAGCUGCUGCAAAUACCCCACCACCUCCAGGUUUAAUUGUAGGUAGCAAUUUCAAUAUCGGUAAUAAUAAUUCAUUUGAAAAUUCGCUUCCAGCAGUUAUUCCACCCCCUCAAGCUCAAAGUAAUUCAAGUGCUAUUUUAAGUCAUUUAUUUCAGGGUAAAAAAUAAGUGGAAUAAUCAAAAGGAAAUUCAAUACAAAAAUAAUUCAAAAAUAAUUCAAAAAUAAUAAAAACAUGAAUUAAAAACAAAAAAAAAUUAAAA